AAAGGGGAUGAUGCAUACUUAAAUUUCAAAGCAAACACAUUUCAAAGAGAAGAUGAUAACUUCACUCACCUAUGCAUUGGCAUUUUGCCUAAUUGCUAUCAGUGUUCAUAUUAAUGUUGCUGCUGAUAAACCUUAUUAUGCAACUCAGCCAAAGUACUACUCUUCACCACCUACAAAGCAUACAGAAUAUCCAUCCUCACAAAAAGUCCCACAGCAUGCAGAAUAUCCAUCCUCAAAGACAGUCCCACAGCAGGCAGAACACUCACACAAUUAUCACAAAUUAACUCCAUCAUAUACAUACAAAUCUCCACCACCUCCACCUUAUAUUUAUAAGUCACCACCGCCACCUUCUCCCUCACCCCCUCCACCAUAUAUCUACAAAUCUCCACCCCCACCAUCUCCAUCACCACCCCCUCCUUAUGUUUAUAAGUCACCACCACCACCUUCUCCCUCACCUCCCCCACCAUAUGUCUACAAAUCUCCUCCACCUCCCUCUCCAUCACCUCCGCCUCCGUAUGUCUACAAGUCUCCACCUCCUCCGUCCCCUUCACCUCCUCCACCAUAUGUCUACAGGUCCCCACCACCACCUUCUCCAUCACCACCACCUCCAUAUGUGUACAAAUCUCCACCCCCACCAUCCCCAUCACCACCCCCUCCAUAUGUUUACAAGUCACCACCACCACCUUCUCCCCCACCUCCCCCACCAUAUGUUUACAAAUCUCCUCCUCCUCCGUCUCCAUCACCACCGCCUCCCUAUGUCUAUAAGUCUCCACCUCCUCCGUCUCCUUCACCUCCACCACCAUAUGUCUACAAGUCCCCACCACCACCUUCUCCUUCACCGCCACCUCCAUAUGUGUACAAGUCUCCACCACCGCCUUCCCCCACACCACCACCUCCAUAUGUUUACAAGUCACCACCGCCACCUUCUCCUUCACCUCCCCCACCAUAUGUCUACAAAUCUCCUCCACCUCCCUCUCAUUCACCAGCCUCUACGUAUGUGUAUAAGUCUCCACCUCCUCCAUCCCCUUCACCUCCUCCACCAUAUGUCUACAAGUCCCCACCACCACCUUCUCCAUCACCGCCACCUCCAUAUGUUUACAAGUCACCACCGCCACCUUCUCCUUCACCUCCCCCACCAUAUGUCUACAAAUCUCCUCCACCUCCCUCUCAUUCACCAGCGCCUACGUAUGUGUAUAAGUCUCCACCUCCUCCGUCCCCUUCACCUCCUCCACCAUAUGUCUACAAGUCCCCACCACCACCUUCUCCAUCACCGCCACCUCCAUAUGUUUACAAGUCACCACCGCCACCUUCUCCUUCACCUCCCCCACCAUAUGUCUACAAAUCUCCUCCACCUCCCUCUCAUUCACUAGCGCCUACGUAUGUGUAUAAGUCUCCACCUCCUCCGUCCCCUUCACCUCCUCCACCAUAUGUCUACAAGUCCCCACCACCACCUUCUCCAUCACCGCCACCCCCAUAUGUGUACAAGUCUCCACCACCGCCUUCCCCCUCACCACCACCUCCAUAUGUUUACAAAUCUCCACCGCCUCCAUCCUCUUCCCCUCCCCCUCCAUAUGUUUACAAGUCUCCACCACCACCAUCUCCUUCACCUCCUCCACCAUAUAUCUACAAAUCUCCACCACCACCAUCCCCGUCACCCCCACCUCCAUAUAUUUACAAGUCUCCUCCCCCACCAUCUCCUUCACCACCUCCUCCAUAUGUGUACAAGUCUCCUCCUCCACCUUCCCAUCUUCCACCAUAUAUCCACAAACCACCCACUCCUAAUGUCCACAAGCAUCCAGCUUAUCACCUUCCCUACCUCUACAACUCUCCACCACCACCUCCAAGAGUCUAUUAAUGCAGCUGAAUCAACUUAAUUUGUUUCAAUAAAAUUAUUCCAUACAUUGUUGUUAUUUCAUUUAUAUCAGGGUCUACAUCAAAUAGCAUUGUUAUGAAUGUAGACCUGUUGUGUCAUUAUGUUUCAUUGUUAAUUCAAAAGUCUGUUUUGUCCUGAA